AUGGCGGCCGACGCGUCUGUUGCCCAGAGUUCUGGAGAAUCGAAACGAAAGAUUCCGGUUUUUGAACAUCACGGUCCAGUAGAUGAGAAGAAGGAGGAUGAAGUAGAUCAGUUGAUCAGAAGCAUAUGGGCCUUCAUCUACGGAUACUCUGAAAGUGCUCCAAUGGCGUUUCCGACCUCUACGGUGCUGAAGAUUCUGAUUCGUGCUGAGGAGAUCCUUAUGGCUGAGAAUUCUGUUGUUGACUUGGAUGUAAGUCUUUAUAUACUUAAUGCUUUUGUAUUUAUUAUGUUAUUUACGUUGUUUAUUUUUUGACAAGUUUUUUUCGAAACAAAAUGUUACAGUAACGUAUUUUUAGGGUACUGUAAUUAUUUUUGGUGAUUUACAAGGUCAAGCGGACAGUCUUUUAAGUCUUAUCAGUUUGGUCGAGAUGCCACCUCAAAAUGUAUUUUUGUUCCUCGGUAAUUACAUUGGACAAGGAUUUGGCCCUCACGAAUGUCUCUUUCUGCUUCUGGCACUUAAGAUAAAAUACCCAAAUCACAUUUAUAUCCUCAAGGGCGGACUGGAGGAUCCCUUCGCUAUGAAAGUAAGCCUAAAUAUACACCUAAUUAUAUUUUUAUAUUACAGUAAACACAUUUUUCGGAAAUCAUACACAGUUUUUUUUAAAUUGUUACAAAAACAACAAUUUUCAAAAUAUUAUUGUAGGCUCACGAAUUCAUAGAAGGUAUGUACCUUCGCGGGCUCUUCAAGACUUCCAUGGUUUGGCAACGCAUCGUGAACGUUGUGAAUCAGCUACCGAUCGCUGCUGUCAUCUCUAACAAGUACUUCUGUGUUCACGGUGGCAUCGGGCCUCAGCUUCUGAAGAGAGGGAUUCAUGGCCUCAGGAAGCAUCGGAAGCCUGCCAGAAGCUCGCUUGAUUUCGCUAUGGAACAAGAGUGCGUUUGGGGAGCGUUUAGGCCUAAUUCCGACAGGUUUAAUCGCUUCAAGGAUGGAUCGCCAGUCUUCGGAGAAAGGGAAAUUCAGAAGUUUCUGAAGGCAAACGGAUUCAGAAUGAUGAUUAGAAGUCGACAGGUCGUGUUUGACGGCAUAUUACAGUACCCCGCCGAGAUGAUUACGGUAUGGUCAGCGGCGGCUUUCUUGGACAAUUUCAGAAAUAUGGGGGCGAUAUUGAUAUUGGACAGUGUUAAUCACAGGGUGAGUUGGGAGAAAUUAGAAUUAAAUAGGGUUUUAAUGGUUUGGGGGUUAGAUCUGAAAGAAAGUAACAUUUAAGGCUGCUUUUGAACUAUUUUAAUCGAUUUAGGCUAUCAUCAGCCGUAUCAGAGUAAUGGAAGACGAACCCAAGUCUCUGGAUGAUAUGAAACCUCAAGCUGGCAGAAACGCGAUAGCAAUAAACUAG